AUGUCAGAGGUACACUAUAUUCCUACUUUUUGUAAAAACUUUUAUCAAAAACCAAGCAAAGAAUAUAGUAGUGGUGUUCAGUUAGCAGGUAUUCUUGAAUUUCUAGUGAAUAUAUUGAAACUUGCUUAUUGUUCUUCUAUAAGACCUACUAUUUUAACUUCAUUAACAGAAGCUAAGACUUCUACUAAAAUUUGUUAUACAAGAGUGCUUCCUGCCAGUUAUCUUGUAUAUGUAUACUUUUAG